AUGUUAGAAAAAAAGUUUGCUGACAUUGACAAGAAAUUUGAGAAUGUUUUAAACAAGAACAAGAGGAAGUUAGAAAAUGCUCAGAUAAAGCCUAUACAUGACAAGUUCUUAUUUGCUCAGAAUGGUAUAACAGGUCUAAUUGCACCACCUGGGUCGGGUAAGACUUUCACUUAUCUUAAAAUGGCUGCACAACAACAAGAACUAGAUGAGAAGAACCCAUUCUAUGAGUUAGUUGUCAUUUGUAGUACUUCUGGUCAAUUUGACCAAACCGUCAAUUCGUUCAAAGAUAUUAUAAAGAAGUCUAAGUUAGUAUGUAUAAAAGACUCUGAGUUGUUAGAUUGGAUAAAGAAGUACCAAAGAAGAGUUUUGAAGUACAAUGCUAUAAAUGAGUAUGUCAAUUCGAAGUUUAAAGACCCAAAUGAGGAAAUGCAGAGAAUAUUAGAGAAGAAACACUUCAGAAACAAACAGAAAGAGAUAGAAUACAUUUCGAAGAAAUUGCAAUCUUACGAUUGGAAGACUUACCCUCAUAGAU